AUGCCGUCGUCGACCGACGGGUCCGCCGCACCUCUGUACAAUAUUCGCAUCCCCUCCAUUUUCUCCUCCGCGAGCGAGACCGGGCGGUGGUUCUACACGACGCUCGCCAUCGUCGCCGGCCUCUUGAUCCUCGAGCAAACCGUCUACCGGAUGCGGAAACGUCACCUGCCGGGUGAUAACUGGACCAUUCCCAUUAUCGGCAAGUUCGCGGAUUCGAUGAAGCCGACGAUGGAGGGAUACAAGGCGCAAUGGGAUUCCGGCGCGCUGAGCGCAUUGAGUGUGUUCCACAUCUUCAUCGUCAUGGCUUCCUCUAACGAGUUCUCGCGCAAAAUCCUUAACUCGCCGAACCACGCGGAACCUUGUCUCGUCUACUCCGCGAAACAGAUCCUGCUCCCGGACAACUGGGUCUUCCUAACUGGGAAGAGUCACGUCGACUACCGUCGCGGGUUGAACAACCUCUUCACUCGCAAAGCACUGAGCAUCUACGUCGCGAUCCAGGAUGCCGUCACCCGCAAGCACUUCAACAAGUGGCUCGCAGCAGCAGCAGCCGACCCUUCGCCCAAGAAGAUCAUGAUGACCGCCCGGAGCCUGAACAUGGACACCUCCCUCCGCGUCUUCUGCGGCCCCCACAUCUCCGAAGAGGCCGCCGACGAGAUCAACAAGCGCUACUGGGAGAUCACCCUCGCGCUCGAGCUCGUCAACUUCCCCAUCCCCCUGCCCGGCACCAAGGUCUACCGCGCGAUCCAGGCGCGCAAGGCGGCGCUCAACCACCUCAUGCUCGCCGCGAAGAAGAGCAAGGAGUCGAUGGCCGCGGGCGGCGAGCCCGAGUGCAUGUUGGACCAGUGGGUGCGGGACCUGCAGGACCCGUCCUACAAGGGCCGCAAGGACUUCAGCGACCGGGAGAUGGCGAUGGUCGUCUUCUCCUUCCUCUUCGCCAGCCAGGACGCGAUGAGCAGCGGCUUGAUCUACGGCUUCCAGCACCUCGCCGACCACCCGGAGAUCUUCGCCAAGGUCCGGGACGAGCAGGACCGCGUCCGCGCCGGUGACUACGAGGCGCCGUUGACUAUGGAGACGCUCGAGCAGAUGCCGUACCUGCUCGCCGUCGUCCGCGAGAGCAUGCGCGUCAAGCCUCCUGUCACGAUGGUUCCGUACAAGACCACCAAGGCGUUCCCGAUAUCGGACGACUACACCGUGCCCUCCGGCAGCAUGGUCAUCCCGUCCUUCUACAACUCCCUCCACGACCCCUCGAUUUACGAGAACCCCGAAGAGUUCAUCCCCGAGCGCUGGCUCGACCCCAACAGCUCCGCGAACACCAACCCGAAGAACUACCUCGUCUUCGGCAGCGGUCCUCAUCGGUGCAUCGGCGAGCAGUACGCCGUCCUGAACACGGCCCUCGUUUUGGGCUCUGCUGUCGCGCUCAUGGACUGGGAGCACGUCCGUACCCCCCAGAGCGAGGAGGUUGAGAUCAUCGCCACGCUUUUCCCUAAGGACGGUUGUCUGAUGAAGUUUUCCCCGCGGAAGUUCUGA